AUGCCGCCACAUAUUACAAACAACAACAAGCGCGCGCCCAUGAUUUCGCUCUUUGCAACCGCGCCCCUGCCAGACCUCAACAAGUCCGCCACCAAUUCUCCAGACUCAUCCCCGACCCUCGGCGCUCUCAGCAUCAGUGCCAGCCCACCUCCUCUCACCCUUGCCCAAGAAUGCUCCAUCAUGGACAAGGGACAAGACAAGCUGCCCAACCUACCCAUUCCCCCACUCGAGCAGACCCUGGCCCGCUACCUCGACACCGUCCGCCCUCUGACAACUGAUCAGGAGUACGAACGCACUGUCGCUGCAGUCAAAGAUUUCCAGGGACAGGGGCCCUCACCGAAAGGCUUACUCCCCCUUGGUGUCAACCUUGAUAAACGGUUGAGGGAACACGCUAGUGAAUGUGAGAAGCGGGGGACGAGUUGGUUGGCAGAGUGGUGGGAUGAUUGGGCUUAUUUCACCCAUCGUGAUCCUUCGACGUUCUUUGUGAACUAUUACUUUGGAUUCCAGGAUGAUCCUCGUAUGCCUACCCAGACCGCCCGCGCUGCCUUGCUUGUCAGUCUUGCCCUCGAGUUCCGCCAACUCAUCGUCACGCGCACCCUGACCCCGGAUCUGGCGAGGAAUGCGCCCUUCUGCAUGAACAUGUACCAGUACCUCUUCAACUACUCCCGCAUCGCUGGCCCAAGUGCCGACUCCGCCGUCGGCUUCCCCGCAGAGACAAACAACCACAUCUGCGUCGUCCGCAACGGCAAGUUCUACAUCUUUGAGACCCUGCAUCUCCCCUCCAAGCCCAACUCGGUCCUCUCCCCACGCGAGAUCAUGAUCCAACUCGAACGCAUCAAAAAGAUGGCUGACGACGACAAGUCCUCUGUCCCCGAAAUCGGUAUCCUCUCCACGACCCAUCGCGACCAGGCUGCCAAGGACCGUGUCACUCUCUUUGAAGCUCACACUUCCAACAAGGCUCACAUGGCCAAGAUUGAGACCUCGAUGUUUGUCCUCUGCCUCGACUCUAGCUCACCCUCGACCUCAGAGGAAUUCUCGCGCGCCUGCUGGCACGGUGACGGCGCAUCCCGUUGGUUCGACAAGUGCUUCCAAUUGAUUGUCUUUGCCAACGGUCGCGCCGGUAUGAACGGAGAGCACUCCAAGAUGGACGCAACUCCUACUUCCCGUCUCUGCCGGUUCAUGAUUGACGAAGCCCAGGCUCGGAACCUGCCUGAUUUCAGGAACCUGAACGCCGAGGACCUGUACGAGUGCGCCUCAGCAUUGGACAAGCCCCAGCCCCUUAACUUUAUCACCAGCUCCGCUCUCGACCGUGCCAUCGCCAACGCCCAUGUGACAUUCAAGGAGACCGUCGAUGCUCACCAGAUGGUUCCAACAGAGUUCAAGGGCUACGGAAAGGGUCUCAUCAAAGCCUUCAAGAUGUCGCCCGACGCCUAUGUCCAGAUGGCGCUCCAGCUAGCCUACUACCGCAAGCACGGAGAGCUGGUCGCGACCUACGAAUCGGCGGCGACGCGCAAGUACCGUCAUGGACGAACAGAGACCGCCCGCUCGUGCUCGAUUGAGAGCAAGGCGUUCUGUGAGGCGAUGGACAACCCUGACAUGUCUCUCAAGGCCAGGGCUGCUGCUUGUCGCGCAGCAGUGGCUCGCCAUGCCCAGUAUACUGCCUGGGCCGUUGAUGGACAGGCCGUUGAUCGUCAUUUGUUGGGGCUGCGGUUGAUUCGCAGGCCAGAGGAGGAAGUGCCCGCCAUGUUCCAAGACCCGGUCUUUGCCAGGACAUGUCGUUGGAGAUUAUCGACGUCCCAGAUCUCGGACGAUUGUUUUAUUGCGUACGGCUGGGGAGAAGUCGUCCCUGAUGGGUACGGAUGUGCGUACAUGGUCAAGGAGACGGAGCUUUAUUUCUGUGUGACGAGUUUGGGCCUGGGAUCCAAAGAAUUUGGUCAGCAUAUUGCUGAGGCCUUGGAGGAUAUGCGUUUCACAUUCGAGGAGGUCCGCAAGAUUGAGAAAGCCGAAGCGGCCGAGGCGGCUCAUGCAGCUGCUGCUGCUGCUGCAGAAGCGGCCCGUGUUGCUACGGAAGAGAGGGAGAAGGCAAUGGCUGCUGCCGUUGCCAACGGCGAGGAGUCGACCAACAUGGUCCUUCCUAUGAUUGAUACGACGACGCCUGGUUUCUUUGGGUCGGGCGGAGUGGAUCUUAUUUCGCGCAGUCCUUCCCCACCAUCGCUGUCCAAGCCUCCACCAAGGACAAGUCUGUUCUUCCAGAAGGACGAUCCUGUGUUGAGGACGGCACUGGCAAGGAAUGCGAUGGCGAUGGCACAGGAAAAGUAUUGGUCCGGUAUUGACGAUAUUGCGUUUGAUGACGUGACGCCUGGGUCGCCCAAAGCUAAGACCGCCAGGCCUCAGUUGCCGACGAACAACUCGACCUCGAUCUCUGCCAGUUCAGCCUCGCUGCUGUCGAACAGCUCUUCGUCUUCAGCUUCGACGCAGCAAGGAAACAGGAUGAGAUCGUCGAGCCAAUUGAUGGGAGGCGGUGGCAGGCCAAGGAGUGAUUCUGGCGCCAAGAGGACGUUUAUGGCGAUCUUGAUGGGCGAGGACAGUGUCCUUGGCCGCCUCCGAUCCCGUCGUGCCAACUCCAACCUCAGCAACUCUAGUAACAAGUAG